CCAGCUCAUGAAGGGCGGCGACAGCAGAAGCAAAACCCACACAGUGCGCACUUUACGCGAGCGAGUGAGAGAGAAGGGAAAGGUUCGCUUCUUCUCGUAGCUUGGUUUGCUUUGGCUGCCAUGGCCGAUCCGGCGGAGGAGACUGUCGCCGCGCCGCCGCCAACCCCGGUGGCGCCUGCCGAUGGUGCCUCGGACCCGCCGCUGCAGCCACCUGCCGACGCCGCCUCGCCGGAGAAGGCGUCUCCCCCGGCCCCGGCCCCGGAGCCGGCGCCAGCGGCAAGGUCCCGCGGGUUUAGGCUUUUAGGCGAGGACACCUCCGUUCAUAAGGCUCUUGGGGGCGGUAAAACUGCUGACGUACUGUUAUGGAAAGACAAGAAGACCUCUGCUGUAGUGAUUGGUGGCGCAACUCUCAUAUGGGUUUUGUUCAAAGUGCUUGAUUACCAUCUCCUGACUCUGAUAUCCCAUGUGCUGAUUGGUGUCCUGGCCAUCUUGUUCCUGUGGUCCAAAGCUACCACCUUCAUCAAGAAGAGUCCGCCAGAUAUUCCUCUAGUACAGAUACCUGAAGAUCUUGUUGUGAAUGUUGCACGAGCAUUACACAAUGACGUCAACAGAGUGCUUCACUUGUUUCGGGAGAUUGCAAUGGGGCAUGAUCUGAAGAAGUUUCUGGGUGUGAUUGUGGGGCUCUGGAUUCUCUCAGGAGUUGGAAGCUGCUGUGACUUCCUCACCUUGAUAUACAUUGCUGUCCUGAUGCUCCACACGGUACCGAUCUUGUACGACAAGUACCAGGACAAGGUGGACCACUUCGCUGGAAGGGCACACACGGGGGCCCGCAAGCAGUAUGAGGUGCUGGAUGCCAAGGUUCUGAGCAAGAUACCCAGGGGUCCGGUGAAACCCAAGAAGCAGAACUAGAACAAACCGCCUGGCUUGAUUCCGAAUGCUGGCAUCGUUUGCGUGAAUGUCGGGCAUGUGGUUUCUAUGUGCGUAAUCUUGUCUGCCGGCAGCCGGGUGCGCCUCUGGGUUAUCUUGUGAGUUGUGAUGCCAGCUAUUAGUAGGUCGUACCCUGUGUGUCUAAACGUGACUGAAAUGCUGGAAUGCUACGUUUCUACUGGAGUGCUUGUAUAUAUUGGUGGUAAAUAAACCUUCGUUGCUCA